AUGGCCACUUCGCUCGCCUGUGCUGGCUUCUUCUUCGACACCGAGCCGAUCGGCGAGCCCCGCCUGCCCGUGCUGAACGCGUGCGCGCUCUGCUCAAAACCGUUGGCCCGCGACAGCGACAUCUUCAUGUACAGAGGGGACACACCCUUCUGCAGCCAGGAGUGCCGCUACGAGCAGAUGCAGCACGACGCCAUCCGCGCCAGGCACGCGGCCAGCAGGUCGGCUCCUUGCCGCAUCAUCUUCCGCACUUCUCCAGGGCCGAAUCUGAGGGCGACUGCCAUGGCUGCCACGUCGCUGCAGCAGGAGCAGCUGAUCGUCACGCGCCCCGACGAGUGCCACCUCCAUCUUCGCGAUGGCGGUGUCCUCGAGGCCGUGCUGCCCCACAGUCUAUAUCUUGAGGUUGAUGUUUAUUUUGCAUGCUAUGUGGUUUUAGGAGAGAGUGGUGUAGUCCUUGCUGUGAAGCUGUAUCCCGCCGGAGCAACUACCGAUUCCCAGGAUGGUGUGACCGAUAAAUUUGUGAAGUGCUUGCCUGUCCUCAAGGAGAUGGUCAGGCAGGAAAUUCCUUUGCUUGUUCAUGGAGAAGUCACAGAUCCACAUGUUGACAUCUUUGACCGUGAGAAG